CCACUUUUCAGUCGUUAAACUGCUGAGCUUCUAAAUUUGCUGACCAAAAGAUUUGCAGGUUCGAAUCCAGAAAACAGAGCAAGCUCCCACUAUUAGCCCCAGCUUCUGCCAAUCUAGCAGUUUGAAAAACAUGCCAAUGACGUGAGAGUUCUCUGGAGCCACCCCUGCCGUGAUGGGAAACGAACCAGCUUCUAGUCGAUAUUAAGGCAUUUGGAAACCAAAGUGCAGUAAGGAAACCAGUCCUCUAGGAAAAGGAUUACUCUCAAGGGUCUGAUCUUGCUGAAUUCCUACAUUCACUUUGGAUUCUAGAGUAGAACCAUAGAGUCGGAAGAGACUGCAUGAGGCACCCAGUCCAGGCCUCUGCCGUGCAGGGAAAGCGCAAAGUACCCUGGACAGAUGAGCAUGUGGUCUCUGUUUAAAGGAUUCCAAAGGAACCUCCACUACUUUUUGAGGCAGAGAGUUCCACUGCUGAACAGCUCUUACAGUCAGGAAGUUCUUCUUAAUGUUCAGAUGGAAUCUACCUUCCUGUAAUUUGAACCCAGUGCUGUGAGUAAAGAAAGGGAAAAACAAGAAUCAAAUGUCCUUAUUGGAAUUAAAUGUACAUAGCACAUAACUCUGUUGACAUGGAGGAGAAAGCAUAUAAAUGUAUCGAAUGUGGAAAGAGCUUCUCUCAUAAUUCAAAUCUACAUAGACAUCAAAGGACUCACACUGGGGAGAAACCCUAUAACUGCCUGGACUGUGGACAGAGCUUUUCUCAUAGUACAGGACUACGUUCACAUCAAAGGACUCACACUGAGGAGAAACCCUAUAACUGCCUGGAGUGUGGACAGAGCUUCUCUCAUAAUUCAAAUCUAUAUAGACAUCAAAGGACUCACACUGGGGAGAAACCCUAUAACUGCCUGGAGUGUGGACAGAGCUUUCCUCAGAAGGGACACUUACAUACACAUCAAAGGACUCACACUGGGGAGAAACCCUAUAACUGCCUGGACUGUAGACAGAGCUUCGCUCGUAGUUCAGGACUACGUUCACAUCAAAGGACUCACACUGGGGAGAAACCCUAUAACUGCCUGGAGUGUGGACAGAGCUUCGCUGAUAGUUCAGCACUACGUAGACAUCAAAAGACUCACACUGGGGAGAAACCCUAUAACUGCCUGGAGUGUGGACAGAGCUUCGCUCGUAGUUCAGGACUAUGUUCACAUCAAAGGACUCACACUGGGGAGAAACCCUAUAACUGCCUGGAGUGUGGACAAAGCUUCACUCAUAGUUCAGGCCUACGUAGACAUCAAAGGACUCACACUGGGGAGAAACCCUAUAACUGCCUGGAGUGUGGACAGAGCUUCGCUUGUAGUUCAGGACUACGUUCACAUCAAAGGACUCACACUGGGGAGAAACCCUAUAAAUGCCUGGAGUGUGGACAGAGCUUCACUGAUAGUUCAGCACUACGUAGACAUCAAAGGACUCACACUGGGGAGAAACCCUAUAACUGCCUGGAGUGUGGACAGAGCUUCAUUCAGAGUUCAAGUCUACGUAACCAUCAAGGGACUCACACUGGGGAGAAACCCUAUAACUGCCUGGAGUGUGGACAAAGCUUCACUCAUAGAUCAGGCCUACGUAGACAUCAAAGGACUCACACUGGGGAGAAACCCUAUAACUGCCUGGAGUGUGGACAAAGCUUCACUCAGAGUUCAGGCCUACGUAGACAUCAAAGGACUCACACUGGGGAGAAACCCUAUAACUGCCUGGAGUGUGGACAAAGCUUCACUCAUAGUUCAGGCCUACGUAGACAUCAAAGGACUCACACUGGGGAGAAACCUUAUAAAUGCCUGGAGUGUGGACAGUGCUUCACUCAGAGUUCAGGUCUACAUUCACAUCAAAGGACUCACAUGGGGUGAAACCGUAGAAAUGCACGGAGUGUGGAAAGAGCUUUUCACGGAAUAACAUUACACAUAGACUUUGUAGUAUUAACCCUGGAGAGAAUGGUGUUAAUUGACACCAGAGUGUCAUUCUAACAUUUUUUUUUUUCGUGUCAGGAGCAACCUGAGUUGCUUCUGGUGUGAGAGAAUUGGCCGUCUGCAAGGACGUUGCCCAGGGGACGCCCGGACUGUUUGAUGUUUUUACCAUCCUUGUGGGAGGCCUCUCUCAUGUCCCCGCAUGGAGCUGGAGCUGAUAGAGGGAGCUCAUCCGCGUUCUCCCCGGGUGGGAUUCGAACCUGGUAUCCUUCAGGCCAGCAACCCAACCUUCAAGUCACAAGGCUUUAACCACUCCGCCACCGGAGGAUCCUAACAUGUACAAAAGCAACUCUUGCAAAUUUUGGAAAUGCAAACUCAAAGUUGGGACAUUUCAUCACACGUGGUGUAUUGUAGAAAGACUGAACUAAAAUACUAGAGUUUUACUCGUUGAGAAUGUUGAAUGAUCAAUUAGAAUGAAAACAUGGGUUGUUUCUGCGAGAUACUAAAGUAAGAAUUGACUAUACGGAUAGAUGGAAGGAAUGUUUUAGUCCAAAGCAAAAAGAAUGGCUCAUGAAGACCUGCAAAUUACCCAAAACAAACAGACAACAAUGUGGGCAAAUGUCAGUUGUUAUAUUUAUUAAUGGGAAGAGUUUUAUCAGAAGUGUGGUUAUAUUAUAUUAUCUAAAGAAAGUAGAAUAAUGAGAGAUAAAAAUUAACAGAUAGAAUGAGGCUUUUAGGCACGAAUCCGUUUCUGUUUUCUAGUUCAGUUGUGUGUCUAUGUAGGUAAUUGUUUCGUUAAUGUGUGUGUUUCUGAUUUAGUUUGUAUCUCAUGUAGUAGUUAGUUUCAUGUAGUUGAAACAUUAUAUACAAUUUCUGCCUUUUUGUAUUCUUGCUUUUAAUCUGUUUUUUAUUUUUUUAUUUGCAAAAAAGAAGGGGAUUUAUAAGGGUCAAAAUGGCUGAAACUGGAGGGGUGGGUAGACCUGGUUUUAGCCCAAAAUGGGGUUUAAUGUUUAAUCUAGAGCGCCUUUGAACAUCAUUUCCUUCCUCUGUGUUGGUGGCAUGGGUUUGGAUUCAAUUGUCUUCCUUCAGA